AUGGCGACCAGGGUAGCGGUGGUGAUCGGUUUGGUGUUGGCCAGCUUGAGACCGAUGGCAGUCGAUGGAAAGAGCUAUAGAAAUUACUCCGACAUUGGUGAAUUGUCCAAGAAUCAUGCCAGCUUAUCGUUAUCCGAUAUACUGCCAACACACCAGAAAACGUACGACAAAAACCGUGCGCCCAAGCUGCUAGGUCAACCGACAGUCGUCUACUUUCAUGUCACUGUCCUAUCGAUCGACUCCAUCAACGAGGAGUCCAUGACGUACGUAGCGGACAUCUUCUUGGCACAAAGCUGGCGGGAUCCUCGCCUACGGCUACCGGAAAACAUGAGUGAAGAGUACCGAAUACUGGACGUGGACUGGCUGCACAGUAUCUGGCGACCGGACUGUUUCUUCAAGAAUGCGAAAAAGGUGACAUUUCACGAGAUGAGCAUACCCAACCACUACCUCUGGCUGUACCACGAUAAGACGCUGCUGUACAUGUCCAAGCUGACGCUCGUGCUGUCCUGUGCGAUGAAGUUCGAGUCCUACCCGCACGAUACGCAGAUUUGUUCGAUGAUGAUCGAAAGUUGUAAGUAUUGGAUCUUGAAGUGA